AUGUAUCGAAGAGGAUUGAUAUCUGAUGAUGAGGAUGAUGACGCACAUACCGCGGAAGCGACAAUGCAUUUCAGUGCGAAGAUAUCAUCCAUAGAAUCAAAACUCAAAGACGUUUGCAGCGAAAAUCUUGGAUUCAGUGUUCUAUACUAUUGUUGCGAGACGGUUAUUGAAGUUGUCAGAAACAAAAUCGAAACCAUUAAAGAGAUUUGUCUCGAUGACGCUCCUUAUGGAAGAAAAAAUAACCUGAAAGGUCGUGAACUGGUGAAUCGAGUUGCUGAUUCUAGCUCAAAAUCAGAAGAUUUGUUAUUUCAAAGUGGGUGUUACGACUGUGAGAUCUGCUUCGAAAAUAAGAUGGGUCAUCAGUGUGUGCGAUUCAAGCCGUGUAUGCAUGUAUUCUGCAGAGAAUGCGUGUUGAGUUUUUUCACAGAGCGCCUGAACAAUCUGGAGGUAAAGGAAUUGGGAUGUCCUGCAUCCGACUGUAAAUCGACAGCUUGUGAACAAACUAUUCGUAGCAUCAUAGGCGAGGAAGAAUUUGAGCGGUAUGAUCGGAUUUUGCUUGAACGGACAUUGGGUCAAAUGUCUGAUGUCGUCAACUGUCCUCGUAAGACAUGCCAAAAACCCGUGCUCGUCAGCGAAAGAACCGUCAAUCUGGGCAGUUGUGGGAUGUGUGGUUAUUCUUUCUGUGUUUUAUGCUUUCGCGCCUAUCAUGGUAUUGACGAAUGUAAAUUCAACAGCGCGGACAAGAAGCGGAUUAUCGAGGAGUGGAACGAAGCUGACGAGUCCGGACGUGCACAAAUGGCAAGACGGUUUGGUGGCAUGAAGAACUUGGAGAACAUCAUCAAUACAUUGCUCAAUGAUGGAUGGAUGGAAGGAAACAGCAAACCUUGUCCCCGAUGUCGCGUACGAAUUGAGAAAAACGAGGGAUGCAACAAAAUGCAGUGUACGAAAUGUGAUGUUAUGUUUUGUUGGUUGUGUGAACGAAUUCUUGAUAGGAACAAUCCGUAUGCUCACUUCAACGAAGAAGGAACG